AUGAAAAGAAACGUUUCUGUCGAUACUGAUCGUGAGGUUGUAUUCGAUGGCAACACGCUGCUCUCAGAGCAAAUGGAGCUGCUCUUGAAUGCGACACCAGCGGAAAUUAGAGACAUCUAUUAUUUAAAGCUCAAGCUUAAUGCCAAGAAAAAGAGUACGGUUCAGCAGAAUCAACUGCAACGUAUAGCUCAGUUGUGGGAUGGAGAGGAGCUUGGUUUGCAGCCAGCUGGAGGUGGGGUCCCUUUCACACGAAGCAUCAGCACCCAUUUCCCGCCCGGCCUCACGGGCAUUUCUCGUAGCCCUCAUCAGCACUCCGCCCCGCCCGUUUUAUCGACUGACGGGGGGAGUUUCAGCCUCGCGCGAUCGGAAAACCCUCGACCACCGGUUCGUCUUAGCCUGCAAUCCGCCGUAGCGGCAGGAGAGGGGGGGAGGGGGGGGCACCUCGGGCUGCCUUAA